AUAGCUUUCAAUUGUGGUAAAAAAAAAAAAGGUCGUAAUUUUUCCUUCCAGCAAAUUUUCACAGGUCUGCUACAAGCUAGGUCGUUUUCGUAAGUGACAUGGCCUCGGCUCCAGCACAGCAGCCCACCCUCACUGUGGAGCAGACCAGAGUGGUACUGAGUGAGGUGAUCCAGGCCUUCUCAGUGCCAGAAAACGCUGCGAGGAUGGAGGAGGCUCGAGAAAGUGCCUGUAACGACAUGGGCAAGAUGCUGCAGCUUGUGCUCCCUGUGGCCACCCAGAUUCAACAAGAGGUUAUCAAAGCUUACGGCUUCAACAAUGAAGGAGAGGGUGUCCUAAAAUUUGCCAGAUUGGUGAAGAUGUAUGAAACCCAGGACCCUGAAAUUGCAGCAAUGUCAGUUAAACUGAAGUCCCUCCUCCUGCCGCCGCUGUCAACACCACCUAUAGGAGGCGCCAUUGCAGCUUCAUAGGACUUUUUUACGUUCAUCGCUCAACUGCGAGGUUACUUUCAUUCAAUGCUUUGGAUCAACACGAACAAACUGUAAUUCCAACAUCUUGUCUGUCAUCUACUUUGCCUGAAAAAUAAUGGAAAAAUUACACUUUCAAAUUAAUACGUUCCAACUAAGAGGAAACUGAUACCUUAGCUAUCGUAAUGGUUCCAUUUAAAGCAUCCUUGCAAAACCAUAUUAAAUUAUUGCUUGUUAAAUAUUUCAGUAUUUAUUUGUUACAUUAUGACCAUUUUCUUAUGUCCUUGAAGCUUAAACAUUUCCUUUGUCAUCUUUUUUUCUAUAAUUUCUUUUAUACCAUUUUUAUAUAACGUCAUAUGUAUCAAAUGUCAUUCUUUUUGUUUAUAUAUUAAAAAUGUUUUAUGCAAA